AUUCUUUGGAGGAAGCCGCUCUUGGCCGGUCGCUUCUCAGCCUCUCUUCCCCUCCCCUUGGCCAGCUCUGAGGCUUGCCUAGCAGAGCUUCCUGCUCUGGACCGCGCGCUCGGAUACCGCGCACAGCCGCCUAGCUUUUGCGCCCAGAGCGCGGGGAGCUGAAGGCCCAGGGCCCUGGCUCGCUAACCCCGUCUUCUCUCUCCCCCGCCCCAGCAGGGAAGGGGGCGUUGCCGUCCCCUCGGGCCUGAGGAGCCGGCGGCAGUCGGGAGUGAAACCCAAGAGGGCGCUUUAAGAAGAAGCGGGGCGGAGGCGGCCGGGCCCGCCCUGAGCCACCUGAGGGGAGGACGAGGAAGCAGGAAGUUUCGGGCCAGUUGCAAAGUUCCAGGGAGCGACUGCCGGGGCGGCCUCCGGGGCGAGCCAGCAGAAGACGGCCACAUGGAGGCCGGCAGCAAAAGCGGUCCUGAGAUGGCCAACAACCAGGUGAAGAAUCUCCAGAAUGAGGUGGAAGGUGUAAAGAAUAUCAUGACACAGAAUGUGGAGCGGAUUCUGGCAAGGGGAGAGAAUCUCGACCACCUACGCAAUAAGACGGAGGACCUGGAGGCUACGUCAGAACAUUUCAAGACUACCUCGCAAAAGGUGGCACGCAAAUACUGGUGGAAGAACGUCAAGAUGAUCGCCAUAAUAUGUGUCAUCGUCGCUAUCAUCGUCAUUCUGAUUAUCCUCUUUGCUACUGGCACUAUCUAAACUUAAGCCUUCUUCUUGGCCUUGGAUGUUCUUUGUGUCUUCUGCACCUUACGUGCUGAAAUUUCUAACUGAACCACUUGGCCAAGUGCUGCCAUCAAAGGGCUUUUGGCAUUCCAUCAGGAUACCACCCCUCACUUGCUUCCACACCGUGCCAAGGGGUAUCCCAUCACCCUCCCUGCUGUCCCACUAUUCCCUUCCUCAGCCUCACAAUAACAAGCUGCACUGGUAGACAGGAAUAAUAUCUCUUGCACCCAGCCUAGGUUUUCAAAGCUGCCUGGGCCCUGCUGAACCAUAGGCUACAGAUUUAUGUGUUCUUCUUGGUGCAAGCUGUUACUCCUGAUGCAGGUCUAUGUGAAGCAGUUCUCUUCACUUCCCUCCCCCCUUCUUCCUUGACGUAUCUCCUCCUUUACCAGAAGGCCUGUGUAUAGAUCUAAUAUCCUAAAUUGUGUGUCUGUGGGCGGGUACCUGCAUAGAGUUGCUGUAAUUAUGAUAUCAUGGAGUGGGGAGGAUUUCUGUCUUUCAAAAAAUAAAAUGGGAGGGCAUUGCUGAUUCAUGUCUGUUUUCUGGUCUUCUAUGAAGACUUUGGAGGGGGCUUGGGCUGCUUUAAAAAUGUGGGAAGCUGGCAUUUUCUCUCUCUCUCUGUUCUGAAUUCUUUCUUUUUCCUGAGUGGCAUAAAGUCCUGGACCUUAAUCCUUAAGCAUGGGAAAAGCAGUUGUUUCUCCUGGGGUUGCAACUAUAAUGGGAAAAGUUAUUUUUUGACUGUUCCCCCUCAAGGAAAUCUUGUUUCCCUUGACUUAUGUUUUUACCAAGAUUGCUCACUGUCCGAGCUCUUCUAGUUCCUUAAGAACCUCCAAACUAAUGGUCAUUCCCCCCCACAAAGCAAAUAUAUUUGGUAUCUGUAAUACAUGUAUUUAUAAAUUGCUGACUAAUACAGAGGUCUGUCCAGAAA